CCAAAGAACUCUACAACAUCGAAGUGAUGUCCUAGAGACAGUGAUCUUGGUGAAUCCAAAUGCCGAAAGCAUUGUUCAUGAGGUACGCUCCUUGAUCACAGAUCCUUCAGCCUACAAACUACUCAUCUUAAGUGGUCAGUGUUCAGACCAAGAAGGAGAUUUAAUUCUACAAAGUGGCACUUUUCCCCUACGAAGACUUGGAGAGGUGUUCAAUGACCCAGAAGUUUGCCAGCUCUUCAGUAACACUGAUCCAGAGAUCAAGGCUUCUUUAACUGUUUCUUGUUUGGAAGAAGGUGAUUGGUGCAACCUUGGACAUUCCAGUUUCCAGGAGAUCAUCAGUUUAAAGCUCAAUCCUGAACCAGUCUUACCUGCAAUGGAUGGGGUUUCAGAAUUUGCAGAUUAUGUCUCAGAGACUGUUGAUGUUCCUUCUCCUUUCGAUCUCCUGGAGCCACCAAAUUCUGGUGGUUUUUUGAAACUGUCAAAGCCAUGUUGUUACAUAUUUCCUGGUGGCAGAGGAGACUCUGCCCUCUUUGCUGUUAAUGGAUUUAAUAUUCUAGUAGAUGGUGGAUCUGAAAGAAAAUCUUGCUUUUGGAAGCUAGUUCGGCAUUUAGAUAGGAUUGACUCCAUAUUGCUGACACAUAUUGGAGCGGAUAAUCUACCUGGAAUAAAUGGACUUCUCCAGAGAAAGAUAGCUGAACAAGAUGAAGAACAAUCUCAGGGCUCUACUGCUUAUAGUGACUGGAUGAAGAACCUAAUAUCCCCAGAGCUUGGGGUUGUGUUCUUUAAUGUGCCAGAUAAACUCAAAAUGCCGGAAUCUGGUAUGAAGGUUAAAAGAAGUAUUGAAGAAGCUUGUUUAACAUUACAAUACUUAAAUAGAUUAGGAAUAAAAGCAGAGCCUUUGUACAGGGUAGUGAGUAACACAAUAGAGCCAAUAACAUUGUUUCACAAAAUGGGUGUUGGCAGGUUGGAUAUGUAUGUUUUGAAUCCAGUGAAAGAUAGCAAAGAAAUGCAGUUUUUAAUGCAAAAAUGGGCUGGAAACAGCAAAGCAAAAACUGGCAUAAUUCUAGCAAAUGGCAAAGAGGGUGAAAUUUCAGUACCAUAUCUUACAUCCAUCACUGCCCUAGUAGUUUGGCUCCCUGCAAACCCAACUGAAAAAAUAGUACGCGUUUUGUUUCCUGGAAAUGCACCACAAAAUAAAAUUCUUGAAGGUCUUGAAAAACUGAAGCAUUUAGAUUUCUUGAGGUAUCCAGUGGCAACACAAAAGGACAUUUCUGCUGGUGGCCCACCAUCUAUUGGUAAGCACACGAAAAUCAAACAAAGGGCAGACAGCAAAGAAAGUCUCAAAUCCUCUACAAGACCAAGCACAGGUAAACCAAGUAAAAAGGAAGACAUUUCAGAAGAGGUGCUCAAGGAAGUUAAAUCAGAGAUCACAAAAGAGACCAAAAUUGAGAAAAAGAUUAAAGAAACUCUAGACAAACAUACUGAGAAGCCUUCAAAGAUUGAAAAGACAAAGAUAGAUUCAACUGAUUCUGCAAAAGCUGAAAAGAGGAAACUUUUGAAGGAGAAAACAGGCAAGAAGUUUAUCAAGGACAAGAUUUCCAAACUUGACGAAAAAAAGGACAAAGAGAAGAAAGAAAUAAAAAAAGAGAAAAUUGAUAUCAAGAAAGAAAAUGUUAAAAAGGAAGAAAAGAGAGAUCUUAAGAAAGAAGAGAAAAAAAGGGAAGUUAAACCUGAAAUGAAGAAACUACCUAAACCUGACUUACGACCAUUUACACCUGAAGUAAGAAAAACACUACACAAAGCGAAGGUUCCGGGCAAAAUUAGGUCAGAAAAAAUUAAAAGUAAAGUAGAGAAAGAUGUUAUAUCAGAACAAAAAGUAAGCCACGUACAACACGUUUCAACAGAGAAGGUGCCACUGAUGGCUGAUAUGGCAGAACAAAGGUCAGUUAUGUCAUCUCCUGAAGAUCUAACCAAAGACUUUGAGGAGUUAAGGUUUGAAGGAAAUUUAGAGCAGUUUACCAAAAAACAAGAGGAUGCUAUUCAUUUAGAAAAGGAUACUACUGAAGACAAACCAUCAGAUAUGUUAGUUAUACAAAAUCAGUUUGAAGAUGAAAUUAAUUUAGAAGAGAUAACAUCUGAUAAGAAAAGCCCUAUUGAGUCUCCAGAUGAGGGUAUUACCACUACUGAUGUGGAGGGAGACUCACAGCAUGAAGAAAAGCCAUUAUACCUAAUAGAUGAGACAACAGAACUGGUAGAUGAAGGUGCAGCAAUGGAUGAACCUGCUGAGAUGGCAGAAUAUGAGGAAGAAGUAGCAACAGAAGAAGAAAAUGAAAUCACACCAGAAGUGGAAAAAAAAGUGCCAGGGAGAAGCAGGUUAGAAUCUAUGCCAACUUUGGACAUACAAGACUUGGAAACUGAUGAAGAUAAAGAAAAUGAAUUGGAUGAAAAGGGCAUAUUAGAUAGAAAGCAAAAGGAAGAAAUAAUUGAGAGAUGUGAAGAUGAUUAUAUCAGUAAAAAAGAGAAAGAUGAAAAGGAGAUGGAGAAGAGUGUUGAGGUGGUAGAAAAGGCUGAUGUUGAAGAAAUGGAGGAAUAUGCAGAAGAAGCUGAUGAUCUAAAAUGUAAGGCGAGUGGGUACAGAGAACAAUUAAAUGACAAAGAAGAAAACAUGUCAUGUGCUUUUACAAUGUCACCAAAAAAAGAGACAUAUAUAACAACAAAUCUUUAUGGAAAAGAUGCAUCAAAGGAGUCAUCAUACCUGGCUGGUGUCCCUUUGUCAUCUGGAACUGCUGCUGAGCAUAUAUCAUACAUUCAAGAUGAAACUAUGCCUGGCUAUUCAGAAACUGAGCAAACAAUUUCAGAUGAAGAAAUACACGAUGAGCAAGAAGAAAGAAUUCCUCACCUACAGUAUGAUGUAGGAAGUUAUGAUAUUUCUGUGCCAGAUCAUCCUGGAUCAUUUGAUGCAAUACAUGGUAUCAAGGCUGUACCUUCUUCUGAGGUGACUGUAAAGGGCUAUGGAGUACAAGAGCCUGAAAUAGUGGGUUAUUCCACAAAUAUUGUUGCAGCACCACUUGCAGAAGAGGAACACGUUUCUUCAGCAACGUCUAUUACUGAAUGUGACAAAUUAUCUUCUUUUGCUACAUCUGUUGCAGAAGACCAAUCUGUUGCCUCUAUUACUGCACCAAAAACAGAAGAGACAGGCAAAAGCUCUUUACUUCUUGACACUGCCAACAGCAUUCCGUCUUCACACACUGAAGCUACACAGGGCAUAGAGUAUUUACCAUCUGCAGGCACAAUAUCACCAACCUCUUCUUUAGAAGAAGAUAAGUGCUUCAAAUCUCCACCUCCAGAAGAUUUUCAUUCAAUGGCUUCUGCAAAAGGUCAGCUGAGUGACAGCUGUCUGACCGAAGAGGAGAAGGAAUGUGAUCAGACCACAGAUAUUGGUACUUUAGAUGAAAGACAUUACAGCUCUGUUUUAUUUUCUGAGCACGAGCAAGCUGAUGUUCAGUAUACUUAUGGCAUGGAUAUAACAUUUUCCUCUUCUAUUCCUUGUGAUGAACCAGAAAAAAUUGACUCAAUCUUUGGAGAGGCUGAGGAAAGAUGUUUGAGUCCUGAUGAUAGUACUGUUAAAAUGGCAUCUCCAACUCAGUCUGGCCCUACAAGUACAGGACACACACCUUUCCACCAGUCACCUAUUGAUGACAGAUCUGAUACUACACAAGCUGAACUCUUUGAAGCAGCAGAUAUACUUACACAUGCAAAAGACAGGAAAGAUGAAGUACAGACUGAAUAUGAAUCAUAUGAAAAAAGCACAGAGCAGCAGUAUGGAUCCAAAGACAUACCUUCUGAAAAUCUAGAGCGGGUGACUGAAUCAGAAAGCCUUAUGGCGAAAGAGCCAACAUAUGCCAGAGAUCAAAAUGUUGAUGAUUUUUGCAAAGAAACAUUACCAGUGACAAAAGAAGUGUCGAAGAGUGUAGAAGAGAAAGUAACCGAUAUAAACAUUGAUCUUACUUCAUUCAGUGAUCUUUCUAGAGACCCAGUGUUAUCAAUGGCUUCUGGACCAUACAUGCAGCUUGAAGAAACAAUUACAUCCAAGGAAAUGCCUCAUGAAGACUUGGUAUCUUCACAUGUCAAAGAAACAGAUAUGGAUCCAUUUCAGUCAGUGUCACCCAAACAGCUGCCAGAGUAUGCAGAGUAUGUUGAUAUUAAGGAUGAGAAAUUUGAACAAGAUGAAAUGUCACCAGAAAGUUCUAGCCAGGAUAUUUUCCUAGGAGAAGAACAAGGAAAGGAAGAUGAUACCUCCUUACAGAUGUCAUUAAUAGAACAAAGUCCAAUUGUAAAUGAAACCUAUCAAGAUAGCCCAACUAAAGAAGCAUGUCUGGAUAAUGAAAGUUCCUUGCAGUUUAAAGAUCCAAGUGAAAAGAAGGAAACAAUAUAUGUGCCUGAUGAAAUGUCACAGGGAUAUGCGGAAUCUUUACUAUACACACAGGAAAUCAUUGAGGAAGGUCAAAAACAUGUAGAGGAUCUUGAAACUAAUUUUCCAGAUCAGUUACAACCUCUCUCUCUCCUGACAACAGAACCUAGGGAUGAUAAAGAAACCCAUUCACAUGAGCCACCUGUGGCAAAGAUACAUUCAUAUCACUUUGAAGAACCAGUAUUGCAUAAGGACAAAUCUCCAGUAAUUUCCUCUUCCAGUCCUGAUGAAUCUGAUUCACUUUCUUUUGCAGAUCGUAGAAGCACACUGGAAAAUAAGGGUUCCUCAGAGAUGUUACAGAAGGAUAUAUAUCCAGAAAAGGAAGUUAAUGAAGGUUACACUGAAACAGAAGACAUCUAUGAUACACAGCUAGCUGAUGAUAAGAGAGUAUGGUUUACACAGACUAAAGAAGCUAAACUCCACUAUAGUACACAGGAAAGCAAGCUAAGAUAUACUGAAGAAGGAGAAAGCACCUUCCUUGAUGAUGUCCCUGAGUGGGAUGAUCAGUCAGCCUCAAAUUUAGAACAUUCAACCCCUGAUAGAGUAGAAAAAGAUAUUUUAGAUACAGAAUAUGCACAUUUCCAAGAAGAAAAACAUAUAGACACCUUGCAGGAAUCUUCAUAUAUAUCUUCUGAAACCCAGGGCACUGAUGACAAGGAAUCACCUGCUGAAUCUGUCUUGGAACAAAAGACGGCAUAUCAUUCACCUAAGACUGACUUCUUAGAUAAACUGUCCUAUGUAACAACAUCUUCCCCUGUUGAUGGUUUAUUGGACAAGAAAGAUGGAGACAUAGAGCCCAUAUUCCAUCAAGAUAGCAGCAUAGCAAAUAUAAAAGAAACUUCCCUGCCUGUAGCAAAGGGAUUUGAAGACCAUGAUUCAGAAGAGGAAGAAGAAGAGUAUCCAUAUUCACAACCUGUCUGUGAUUUACGAGUUUCUUCUUAUGAGAGUGAUUUUGUUGAUAAGAAAUGUGAUCUUCAGCUUUCCAGUGAUGCGGUGAAUAUAAUAGACAAAUAUGAAGAUUCUUUGGUGAGGGAAUCAAGCUCUGAUCUUUCCCUGAAGCAACCUGUAACUGAUAAUGCCCAUGAAGAACAGAUAAAACAGGAACAUGAACAACAUGAUUAUUCCAGAAAAUUCACAGAACAGGAAUAUGUGGAAACAUCAUAUCACGAGGCUGUAGUAUUGUCUAAAGACACUACUGAGUAUAGUUUGACAGACAAACUAGAUGACACAAAAGGAGAUUUGUUUUCAAAACGUGACAAAAAAGUUUCUCCUACAUCACUAGGCUAUCCUGCAGAUACCAGCUUGUUGUCAUCCUAUAGUCCAUUCGAGUCCUGUGCACAAGAAAGGGAAAUGUAUUGUUCCACAAACAAUGUUGCAGCAGAAGACCGGGAACCAACACCUUAUCCAGAUGACAAAUCAUUUCAGUAUGCAGAUAUAUAUGAGAAGAUUGCGGUUUCUGGAGUUGGGCACAUCAUGGAAGAGACUGAGCCAACAAGUGCUAGCUAUCUAGAGAAAGAAAAGACAGCUAUACCAUCUAUAGAUGCAACCUCUACAAGCACGCUUUGUCAUCGAAUUUCUUUGAAGGAAGAGGAGUCUCAUUUAUACACAUCAAGAGAGAAGGAACUCUCUUCACCGAGGUCUCCAAAGAAGAAAGGAGACAGUUCCACAUUUGAGUACACAGAAACACAAAAACUUGAUUUAGCAAGCUCAGGCAGUGAUAAAAAAUCAAGUAUUAAAUCCACAGAGGAUGAAAAACUUAAGACUAAUAUAUCAUUUGAAAAGACACAAAAACAAGAACUGGAGGAUCAGUUUGAUGUGUCAACCAGCGGCAUUGAUCACUCACAAACAUCAGAUAGAAUGGAACACAGUUACCAAGAGAGGGCUGGUGCUUACCUCCAUGCUUCACAAAACAAUGAUGCCAAUUUAGCCAGUCAGAACCUUGCCCUUUCAGAAAUAAGACCUGUUAAGGCAAAAGAUUCCUAUUAUGAGAAAACAUACAUGUGGGAAGAAAAUGCAAGUGAUUCUGAAUUAGAGAAAGGAGCCAAAGAGAAGUCAGAAAAGGAGUCAAAGGUUCCCAUUCUGCACGCAGAAGUAGAAAGAUCAUAUGAAACAUACACAUAUGAUGAUGUUAAGGAAAAGAAUGACUUGGCUAAUUUUAGUGUUCUUUCUGAACACAAAGAUGUAGAAAUAGAUCACUUUAAUGUUCAGGCUGGAGCAAAAAGUAUGGAAUUAAUUGGAGCUCAAACUGUUGAACAUUCCUUAUUGGCAAGAACAGAACACAGCUUUCAUAAAGAUGAACAAAAAGAGCAGAGGGAAGAGAGUGAGAUGGAUUACACAUAUUCUCCUUUUAAGUUACAAAGUGAAUCUACUAAGGAUAUACCUCAAUCUCAAUUACAGAUAGAUUAUUAUCAGAAACAAGCUUUUAUUGAAUCCCAUGAGGCAGACGCAUUUUUAGAAAGUGGUGUUUUGGGUAGUAUGACAAAGCAGCAAUCCUUUGGUGUAGCAGAAAUUGCAGUCUCAGCUACUGAAUCUGAAUAUUCAUCUGGAAUGUUUUCAGUUACAGAUAAAGAGACUGAAGGUUUGACAUCUUCUGCAUUACGCAAACCUCAUUAUGACUCUAUGACCUUUACAGAGUCUAAAGAAUUAGGUGCAGAUGUCUUGGUUGCAUCACUAGAAGGACAAGACGAAUACCUUGAGGUUUCUGAAAGGACCUGCAAAAAGGAGUCCUCUCUAACUCAAUUCUCACCACUAAGCCCAUUUGAGGAUAAUACUUUAUAUUCAAAAGUUCCAAGUCAUCAAUACACAGAAGCAGAUUACCAAAAAGAUUCCCACAGUGCAUCAGAAACAUCUUCUGAAGCUAGCACUCCAGUAAAAAAAGACACUGCUAUAGGAUUUUACUCACUGAUUGGUAGCAGUUAUUCAGCAGAUACUGAGCCAGCUGCUAGGAAUCUGUGGGAUGUAUCUCCUCUUGUUCCAGCCGAUGCUGCCAAACCCUGUAAGCCGGUGGAAAAGGAUGGCACCGAUGAUCAUGAGUCUGUCUGUUCCUAUGAUAUGGAUGACUGUACAUUGCCUUGUAGAAUUGAAUGCAAAGGAACACCAUGCACUGCAAAAACAGAUACUGUUAAAGGCAUUUUUAGUGGCCAUAUAGAAGCUACACAAGGGGAAAAUGUGGAUGGCAUUUCCACACUUUCUAAUGUGUUGACUUCCUUUCCACCCCAUCAACAAGAAGAACCAUCAGCAGCAAAUGGACCCACAGAGGUUAAUACAAUGCCAGAAUUAUUUCAACAUUCACAGUAUGUUGAAAAGGAGUUCUACUAUUCAAACAUAAUGGGUGAAAAGGCAUCUCCAGAUUCUGAUAGAGAAUCUCCAUAUUCUGAGGAAGAUACAGAAAAACCAAACCGGCCUUCUUCUCUUGUGUCUCCUGACCACACAUUCCAACCUUACUUUCCAGAUGCACAAAAAGGUAGAGGGCCUGAAGAUCAUGGAGAUGCUUCACAUGAGCAUGAGCCAUGCUUAGGAACAUCAAGCGAGUAUGAGCACAAAAUAUCAUCCUCUGAGUACUUACACAAGAAAGGUGAACUCUCUCCAUCUUUUAUAAACCCUAGCCCCCUUGACCUUUCAGAUGACAGUGAUGUGUCACAAGAUGAGGGCCAUCCGUCAGUUAAAGGAAGGUCUCAUCAUGGAUCAACUCGUCAUGUUCAGGGGACCACUGCUGAGGAAACACCUCCAACAUCUGUUAGCGAUUCUAGAUCCUCCCAGUCAGACUCUGAUGUUCCACCAGAAACUGAAGAAUGUCCAUCAAUAACAGCUGAUGCAGCAAUGGAUUCUGAUGAGGAUGCAGACUUCCUUCCUGUAGAUAAAGCAGUAGGAAAUUCUCACCACAGCAGCUCAAGGCAAGGUCAUGAUCCACAUCCAGCUCCAAUGAUGGAUCCCUAUCCUCAUCCUCCUCAUCCUGAUGUCUGUAUGGUAGAUCCUGAAAUGUUAGUCAAUGAAUUAAAUUUUAGUAAAGGAGAAAAAAUGCUCAAAAAAGAUCUAAAGGAGAAAACUAAGGGUGUUAGAAAACCUUUAAAUAAACCCAAAUCUACAUCACCUGCUAGGAAGCUGGAGCCUAAAGGAAAGCAUUCUCUAACACUAUCAAAGCAGACAACUGACAAAUCAAAACAUACAACAGCAAGAAAGGAAACAGAGAAAUCUCAAAAAAUGAAAUCUCCAUUGCAGACCCAUUCCUCUAGGGGAGAAGACAAAGAAGACUUUUCUAGAAGCAGUAAUCCCAGCAAGCUGGUAAACGGCAUAAAAUCUACAGGUACAAGCAGCUCAACUAAAUCAAGCUCUUCUAUCCCUCCUGGCCCACCGGUCUAUGUGGAUCUGGCAUAUAUUCCUAAUCAUUGUAAUAGCAAAAAUACGGAUAUGGAGUUUUUUAAGAGAGUUCGAGCUGCAUAUUACGUUGUAAGUGGCAAUGAUGCAGCCAACGGAGAACCUAAUCGAGCUGUCCUGGAUUCACUUCUAGAGGGAAAGGCCCAAUGGGGAGAGAACUUACAAGUGACACUGAUCCCAACCCAUGACACAGAGGUGACACGUGAAUGGUACCAGCAAACCCACGAGAAGCAGCAGGAGCUUAAUAUAAUGGUGUUAGCUAGCAGCAGUACUGUAGUUAUGCAAGACGAAUCCUUCCCAGCAUGCAAAAUAGAAUUCUAAGGAUCACAGCAGUCACAGUGUGUGUAUGGUGUGUUUAGGUGUGUGUCCAGUCACAGCCCGGUUCUCUUUACAGAUCUGGAUUGUAGCUGUCCACCUUUGCAAACACUGUCAACUAUAGAUGCAGCAUCCCUCUAGCUGGUUAGGAUCUGUGUUUGUAACAUAAUUACCAAUGAUGGACGUCUGUGACACACACACAGCUUCUUUUUUUUUUUCAUGAAAAGUUCAUUUUAGCAAACUGUUUUUGUUUGCUAUACGUUGCAGUUAUCUUUGCAAUGUUUGUUACAUUUUCAUGCGUUGCCUAUUAUCAGCAGACUGAAAGAUAACACAAAUAAUGUAUGAUAACAGCAGCAAAGAAUUAUUUAUAUAGAAGCAUUAAUUAAUACUGUUUAUUUAGCAGCUGCAUAUCCACCGUACGAUUAUUCAAGAGACUUGGAUUAAGGGAGGUCAGUUACUAGCAAACGUACAGUCAUUAGAUACUAUAACAUGAUUUCUGAUGGUAUUUGAGACUCGGUUACCAUGUAGUGAAAAAAUACUGUAAAUAGCUACUUGUUUAUUUUAACCUGUCCACCUAGGAUUGCUAGUAUGGAUCACAAACCACAGGAAAGGUCUGAAAUAUUCUCAACUACAUAAAACAUAUGGAUUACUUAUAUAUGUACGCAUAAUUGGUUCCAUAUAUUACAACAAACCAAAAGUGUUUUCAGAGUCAAUAAGCAAUGAGUUGACUAGGGACAUACUAUUUAUGCUGAGCUUUGAAACUUAGGGUGUGAUCUGAAUAAAGGGGAUUUGUUAGGGCUGU